CCCCUCGAUCCCCCCUCGAUCCCCCCAAAUCGCUCAACACACGCCACCCGUACAUAUUCCACCGUACCACCGUACCACCGUACCACCACACAGCCCGGUGAUCCACCGUACGCAACGGAGGUUUGCACACGCCGCAAAGCGUCGCUCUCGAAUAUACCCUCACACCCGCAGAGCAGUCCAGUCAUCCCCCCCUCCCCCUUCCCUCGCCGCUCUACAUCUACCAUCCACUCCCACAUCUCCUCUUUCUUCAUCAUCAAUUCUCUCUUCCUCACCACCACUUGCUCCCCCUCAACCUCCAUCCCCUAACCCAAUCCUCAAUCCACAAUGGCCCGCACCAAGCAGACCGCCCGCAAGUCCACCGGUGGCAAGGCGCCCCGUAAGCAGCUCGCCGCCAAGGCCGCCCGCAAGUCGGCUCCCUCGGCCGCGACCGGUGGCGUCAAGAAGCCCCACCGUUACCGCCCCGGUACCGUCGCUCUUCGUGAGAUUCGUCGCUACCAGAAGUCGACUGAGCUCCUUAUCCGCAAGCUGCCAUUCCAGCGCCUUGUUCGUGAGAUCGCUCAGGACUUCAAGACCGACCUCCGCUUCCAGAGCUCGGCCAUCGGUGCCCUCCAGGAGGCUGCUGAGGCGUACCUUGUCUCGCUUUUCGAGGACACCAACCUGGCUGCUAUCCACGCCAAGCGUGUCACCAUCCAGCCCAAGGACCUCCAGCUCGCUCGCCGCCUCCGUGGUGAGCGCUCGUAAGCGUGCAUCUAGUAUUGCUCUCGCUGGUGCUCUUGCUAGCUGCUACCUGGUUGUCCAACCUACAAGUUAUGAUGCGCUCUUAGCGCCGUGUACGACCUUCGCUUUUCGCUCCUCCCUUUAGUCAAAGCAUACCCC